AUGGGAUCAAAAAAAGAUAAUUGUAUAGAUGAUAUUGAUAACCCUCAUGUAGCAGAGAUAAAAUAUGAAUAUCUAGAUCAUACAGCUGACAUUCAACUUCAUGGUUGGGGUAGUAAUAUUGAGGAAGCUUUUGAACAGACAAUAAUGUCAAUGUUUGCUUACAUGUCGGGUGACAUAUCUGAAAUUGAAAAUUGUUAUACUUUUGAUGUUACUGCUACGGGACAUGAUAUGAAAACGUUACUAUUUAAUUUAUUAAAUAAUUUUUUGUAUAAUUUUACUACCGAACCAUAUUUUAUACCAAAAAUUGUUAAAGUUCUUGAAUUUGAUAGAAAUGAAUUUAAAAUUGUUGUUAGAGGAUAUGGUGAAUCAUUUGACACUUCAUGUCAUUCAAAAGGAGCUGAAGUUAAAGCAAUAACAUUUUCUAAUAUGCAAAUUCAUGAAUCUUCUGAUAAAGCUGAUGUAUUUGUUAUUAUUGAUAUUUAA